AUGCCAGGCGCGGGCGAUUACGUUCCGCCCAAGCAGUACAUGCGCGUCAUGAAGGACAUGUGGGACGCGGUUGACGGACACUUCGACCCAAACUACGUGCUCACGAAGAGCGGGCACGACCUCGUGCAACACUACUCCAUUAAGGCUUCGCACCCCGAGAUGCCGUACGCAAUGCACUUCCUGUCGAUGAUGUGCGCGCUGUCCAACGGGGCGAAGAUUGCACUGUUCCCUUCGUCGGACAGUCCACUCUUUAUCUUCUUCCUUAACAUUAACUAUGCUCAAACACGGAAGAGUUCGAUCACGGGCAAUGCAGACGGGUUCGGCGACCAGAUCGACAAACACGUGUUGAAGGUAGUUGAAAAGAUGUGGGAUGAUCUGAAGAGCGCGGAUGACGAGGAAGAGGAAAAUAACGUCGCUCCCAAAAUCGUCUCUUCAGUGCUGCACUCAGCGACGCCAGCUGAGUUCUUUCACCGCAUGGCUGGCGACUUCCAGCAAUUGCAGAACGCCGACAAAAUGGAUCACGACGAACUGAAGCGCAGGCAUUUCUUCGGCGUGCUUGUGAACUUGGACGAAGCGUACGACCUACUCCAAGCCUUCGGGCUUUUGUCCGACGAGCAGAAGGCGUCCAGCAAGGGCGGGAGGAACGCCGUCAACCCGCACCAGUCUGCUUUCAACAAGUUAGCGCAGUACGGCCAGGCGUCCCGGUCGACGAAGUCGUGCGGGUCCUACGGCGCCGCGGCAGCGCCGACGGUGUCUGUCGGCAUGACCGGGAACAUGCACCCCAGCCAGUACGUGCCCAUGGAGAGGGGGGAGUCUGGCAGCCAUUUCGCCCACACGAAGGAGCGGCUCAUGGUAGCGACAGGCCGGCCGGUGCAGCCGCACGAAGCGCUCCCCGCGGACUUCGCCCCCCCGACCGGCCACUCGUCUUGGACGUGGGCCCCCCUGCUGCCAGACAUCGCGGACGCACUCGGAUUGGGGGAGGGGGCGGCGAGUCCCGAGGCCGCGGAGAGGCUGUGGGAACGUCCGACUGAUGGCCUACCCGCGCUGGAUGCCGCGGCAGAAGUCGACGAGCGGUUCCGCCCAGACGCGAACGGCUACGUGGUCACGCUGCCAGACGGCGUGGAGACGAGAGUGCGCUUCCGCUUGGCAUCUGACGCAACGUCGGGUUUCGAGGCAGAAUGGCGGAUCGCCAACCGCAGCUUUCCCACUCCUGCCGCGUACGAGUUGCAGAAGUGCUUCGCCCGCGUCCUCACGUAUUUCAACGAGCCCCACCGCGUCCUCACCCUGACCGACCGGGCGGACGUUACAUUCAAGUCGUACAUGGGCUGCUUCAACGUCCAGGCGGCGACGAAGCGCGACAAGAAGGACAUCGAGGGCGCCGCGCGCAUGGGCUGCGCGCCGUGGCAACUGGGACAGAUCGCAGGGGCCCUGUGCGUAUUCGACAUCUUCCACGGCCGCUACGACGAGACCCCAGUGUACCAGGGCAGGACCAUCCAGGUUAUGCCCGAGCACAUUAAGCGGGCCGCUAGCUUACUGUCCGCGGUGGACCGCCUCAAAGCGAUCGCGGCGGGCGGAGACGCAGCGGCGACUUGCCCUCCCGGCAUGGACGAGGCCGCGAUGAUGAGGCUCCAGAUGGAGAGUUACAUCGGCACGGAGGGGGCCCCGCAGCCCUUCGACGGCCUGUGGUCCCAGAACGCCUUCGCAGGCGACGCGGCGACGCCUAGCGGCAACCAUCUUGAGGCAUCUGCAGUGGAGGAGGAGGAGGCUGAGGAGGAGGCUGCCCGGGCAUUGGGGCUCGACGGGACGCCGCAGGACGAACCGCGCGGCGCCGCCGCGCUGGGCAGCGGCGCCGGCGCAGACGAUGGCGGCUUUCGCCAGCGCCUCGCGGCAGAUGGGCCCGAGGGCGCGGGGGUCGGCGCGCGGGCUGACGUUCCGGGCGCAGAGGAACUCCAGGGUGCAGGUGACUUGGCUGCCGCCCAGGCGGCCCCUGCGAGCUCCACUCGCGACGCCUUGCUCACGAUGAAGGACGUCCGGUCCAUUGAAUACGGGUACGGACUCCAGGGAUCUUCGGUGCAGGAGACGUUGCUCGCGCCUCAGUGGACGGACCGCGCCGUGAUGCAGAAAACGCUCCUCGUUGGGACCCCAGUGAUUGACCGCAGGUCUGCCGCGCAACGCAUCAUGACUUCCCGUGCGGGUGGGGGGAGACGCAAGACCAUUGAUGCAGAGAGAUGGGCGCGCGUCAUGAAGGCAGGCCUCGCGGGUUGCUCCAUUGCCCAGUUUGACGAAGAGGGGUGCAAAGUGAAAAUGACUCCAGUUCCAGAUGACGUGGCCUUGCGCCACAAGUACCACAAUGAGCUCAUGACCUUGUGCGGCAUUACGCUCCGCCAACUGGUGGAAGCCAUGCAGUCCGCCAAGAAGGCAGCCGAGCAGCGCGGCCGGCCUGGUUCGGACGAACAGUUGCACGUCGCUCUGCGGGAUGCGUUGCGCACGGCGGACGUGCUGGCACUUCUGGGGGAUCAGGAGGUCAACGGCAUGGCCACUUCCCUCAGCCAGGGUUGGAGGCCUUCGCCGCCAUUUCUCGGGGGCGAGACACGCUCGACCGACCUCGUGCACCCGCGACGCGAGUGCCCAGGGUGCAAUGAGCCGCGGGCCCUGCAGACGAGCAAGGCGACGUCCGCUCGGAUACUUGAUUCUGGGAGCGUCGUGGGGAAACGCCACGUCCCCUGGAGGUGUUACACUCAGGGGUGCCCAGAGUACUUGCGGCUGACCUGGCACAACUACGCUACGAUUGACGGGAGCCAUUGGUUCCGAGGUGCCCCAUCCACUCUUCGUUGCUUUAUGUUGACAAGCUCGUUCGGCGUGUCCGUGCAAUACCUUCUGCAACUGCACGCCCGCUUGCUCCGGGAGCACGUGACUUUCGCCGGGGAAGCGUACGUUGCGCACGACAUGGAGAGGCAUUCGCCAGACGGGCCUCGCCUACCUGGCUGUGCUCUUCGCCUAUACAUCAGUGAAGAUUGGUUCAAAUGGCGGAUGUUGCUACGCGUUGAACGCAUGUGUGCCGACGGGGACACGUCCGUCGCCUUGGAGCACUUUUGUUUGUCCGCUACCUCAGAGGAGAACGCGCGGACCUUGUGGCCGAAGGCUCAAUCACACUUCGAGGCUGCUACCCGAGCGGCGCUGCUGCAGAGUGACCCCGCGCAGGCGAGCAGGCAGGCCAUCGACGGCAACCAGAAGAUAAAAAGAUCUUGCUGCGGAGUGCCGCACCAGGACCGCCAAUUGGAUGUAGCUCUCGGGAAGGCAAUCAGCUUGUCGUGCCGCCGGACACCGAAAUUUGGCGCACGUUUUUGCGUCGACCACUUUGAGGCGACCUGCGCUGGGGCCAAUUGCCAAUAUAGCGUCGUUGAGCACAAGGAUCCAGAGACUGUGCUGGGAGAGACAGCAGACGAGAUUAUGUUCAGGGUGUGCGGGGCUGGGGGCAAUGACGAGGGGUUCUGGGUGCCAGAGUCCGAAGUGGAUCCCCGAGCUGCGAUCCAGUAUUUCGCGGAGAAAGGCUUGGACGCGCAGCGGAGGAUAACAGAGCGGAGGUUGCGGAAGAGGCGGGCGCAGGCUGACGCCCGCGAAGCCGUAUCCGCAGUCAUGGCCGAAGCGGCGUCGUUCUGGCACCUACUGACGCCGCAGGAGCGAGAGGACACGCUGGCCCUGCACUCUUCCUCAGGAGACUUGGCCGCUAGCUCGUGCGGAACGCACAAGGAAGGGGAGAAGGAGAGACUCCUUUCAGCCCAGACUGCUGGCGUCAUGUGCGCAUGCACGAGCUCUGGGAUCAUCACGUCGUUGCGGGAGCUGGUCGGAUCAGAAUCUUUGUCGCAGCGAUAUUUUUUCGUUAGUGCGUUGAAAUCGUUGUACCCAGAACUGGAGCUUAUCGUGCAUGAUGACGCGUGCCAUCUGCACAAAUUCAGCGCCUCCCGUGAAUCCCACUCAGCCCACGCGGCCGCCAUCGCCCCCCCGCGCUUGAAGUACUGCGUGGAUGAGUUUCAUGCGACGGGCCACACUGACGCAUGGUGUCUGGCAAACUGUCACCCAAAGAACCCGUCUCUGGCCGAACUCGUGCAAGGGUUCCGUUCCAGCGUUUGUGAGUUCACGUUUACUUGGUUGAGCCAGUACAAGCACCAGACCAAGCACAUGAACCAGUUUGGCUUUUGCUUCUUUGUACUGGAGAUGGCAGACGCUCACAAUGAACGCGUGCGCGCGGGCAGGACUGACCACCUGCCGAGUGCCCGCAGGGGCGCGUCCUAG